AUGUGCCAAACAAUUAACAUUAGUACAGAAAAUAAUUGCAGUUGGGCUUCUUGUGGAGAGUGGUGUUUGACCAAAACCUCUGGAUUUUGUCCUCAGAUCCACGCCAUUACCCGUCAAAAUGGAACUAGGGUCCAAUUCCUAAACUGUACCAACUUCCAAUCAUCAACUUGUCCACCAGUCAACUCCAACCAGCUGAAAAAACACAAUUGCAAUAAUGGAACAGAAUGCGCAUCUCUCAAAGGCCUCUUCAAUUGCUCCUUAGGGCAUUGUUCCAAUAUGUCCCAACUUUAUGACUGCCAUUACAAAGCGGAUGGAUUUACAGUUGAUAGUGAUAAGGAUAAUGUAAAAUUAAACGGCUUCUUCGAAUGCCGAGGAACAAAAUGCACAAAAAUUAAAAAACCCUUCACCUGUGAUCGUAUUUGUAAAGAAAAUAUUACUUCUACCAAUAUAAAUGUUUAUAUAACUAUUGAGGAUGCUGUCAAGUUUGCCCACUGUGAGUCUGCUAUAGCAACAACCAAAGCUGCAGGCAAAGAAGUUGGUUCGGAAAUAUCACCUACUCAAUUCUGGUCCAAACUUCCCAAUGAGGUCAUUAUGGUUUCUUGUCACACUGUUGAAUAUGAUGAACCUUCACAAAUUAUACAAUCAUUGAACUUAAUUAAUUGA